CACAACUCAAGGAGAGAGGCUUGGAAGAGGACAAACCUUGCGGAUCAGAGCAAAGGGUGUGCCGGAAAAGUGCCAGGCAGUCUGCAGGUUUCUUUAUCAGUGAAAAAUGGAGAAAAAACCUCAGUGACAUUAUUGAAUUCAUACUUAAUUUUUUAAAGUGAUGUUUACUCUGUCAGAAGUGACCUUCCACAAUGACAGCCAUGCUCAGUUCCAGACUCUAAAGCCUUGGUGGGAUGUCCUGAUGGAUUACUUAGUACUAGCAAUGCUGAUGGUUUCUCUUCUAUCAGGGACUCUGCUAAUCUCUGUUGACCAAGUGACAUGUCUGCCUCUGAAUAACAAGCUAAAUGAGACAGCAACAUCUAUACCCACACCUGGAGUUAUAAAUCCAACCAUUAAUGAAAUAUUUCCUGCUACAUACAGUGGCCAUCCAGUCAGCCUUGACUACCAGCAGUACAUGUACAUCAGUCAUAUCUGUUAUCAAAAGGCUUUGCCCUGGUUUUCCAAGUAUUUCCCUUAUCUUGCACUUGUUAACUCAAUGCUUUUAAUGGCUAGUAGCAACUUCUGGUUCAGGUAUCCUAAGACUUCAUCAAAGAUUGAACAGUUUUUAUCCAUCCUCAUGAAAUGCUUUGAGUCACCUUGGACUGCCAAAGCUCUCUCUGAGAUGGCUUGCCAGCAUUUCCUAGGCCUGCCCAAAACCACUGUUGCAGGAGGGAGCCAAAACCAACUGAUAUCACCUUCAUCUUCUCUUUUCCUUGAAUGGAAGGACAAAGAGCAAGGCCGGGCACUCUUUGAGAAGAUCUGCAGGUUUAGAGCGCACACUGAAAGUGCUUCUUUGAUUUACAAAAUCUACAUGGGACAAACCAUCUUCAAAGUUGCAAAGGUCCUAACUGUGCUGGGCUAUACUUCCAACUGUGUAGGAUCCAUCUCCUUUAAACAUGUUUGCUGGUUAGACACAGAGAACCUCACUGGCUACUCUACUUUCCUCUGUACCCAUAGCUUGGCUUCCAUUCUGCAGAAACUGAUGGCUACUUACCUUUUCUUAAUGUUCCUCUAUGGGGUUAUUGCCACGUACCCACUCUUAUGGCUUGUACGGCAGCCAUUGCUCAAGUAUUCUUUUAAGCCAAUGCAUGAAGACAAUCACAUAAUUGACAUCCCAGAAGUAUACAAUGAUUUAGCUUUCCUAAUGCACAUGGCUGACCAGUGUGACCAAUUAUACUCAUGGCGUUUUGCCAUCUUCCUUUCAGCCAUGAGUGAGAGUUGCCCACCAGAUAUGGAUCUUGAUCAUGAAUUAUGUAUUAUAGCCAGGAUACAUACCUCCAUUUUGUAGCGCGGCAGCGGCGAUUCUAGGGUUAGGGAGCACGCACCAUUCACACGCUC